AUGUGGAAGGCAGCUGUGGGACAUAAUGUUUCAGUAACUCAGACCGACGGUGGAGAUGACUGGGAAACUGAUCCAGAUUUCGUGAACGACAUCAGUGAAGAAGAACAAAGGUGGGGGGCUAAAACCAUUCAAGGAUCUGGCCGUCCUCAGCAUAUAGAUAUAAAUCAGCUAAGAAGCAGUGUUUCUAAAGAACAUGAACAAAUAAAGAAGAAGGAGUUACAGGAAGGUCCAAAAGCCUCAUAUGGAUAUGGAGGACAAUUUGGAACAGAGAAAGACAGGAUGGACAAGAGGACCCUAGCGGCAGAAGUGCUAUUGUACUGUUGUGAAAAACCACUUUCCUCACUCAGACCUUUUUUAGCCAGCUAAAGGCUUUGGAGGCAAAUAUGGAGUGCUUUACAAAAGGAUAGAUGUGAUCACUCUGCAGUAGGAUUUGAUUACAAAGGUCAAAUUGAACAACAUUCUUCACAGCAAGACUAUUCCAAAGGUUUUGGAGGACGUUAUGGAGUUCAGAAAGACCGUGUGGACAAGUCUGCACUUGGAUAUGACUACAAGGCUUCUGUGGAACAACAUUCAUCUCAGCAAGAUUGUUCAAAAGGAUUUGGAGGUAAAUUUGGUGUACAAAAAGACAGACAAGAUAAAUCAGCUCACAGCUGGAGCCACAAGGAAGAGGUACAGCCACAUCAGUCUCAGACAGAUCAUUCUCAAGGAUUUGGUGGGAAAUUUGGAGUACAGAAAGACAGACAAGAUAAAUCUGCUCACAGCUGGAGCCAUAAGGAACAGCUACAGCCCCAUGAAUCUCAGACAGAUUAUGCCAAAGGGUUUGGAGGAGGGCGAUUUGGAGUACAGACUGACCGUGUGGACAAGUCUGCUUCAGGGUUUGCUGACAUUGAAACACCAAGUUCUGUAUACCAGAAAACACAGCCCCUGGAGGCCAUGACAAGCGGUGCUCAGAAUCUAAGAUCACGUUUUGAAAACAUGGCCAAGACAGCAGAGGAAGAAAACCAAAAGAAAGCAGAAGAAGAGAGAGCAAGGCGACAGAAGAGAGAUAAGGUGGAGCGACAAGAACAAGUAAAAAAAGAGGUUCAAGAGAAUGUAGAAACUGAAGUGUCUCAGAGUCAAGAAGUUCCACUUCCACUUCCAGUUCCAGUUCCACGUGUUUCCAUAGUGACUUCACAACCUGCUGAAGAGGAUGAUCCUGACUAUGAAGCACCUCCAAUGGUCCCUCCCAAAGUACCAAUGAUGAUGGCUCCUGUUCCCUAUGCAGAUGAAUCAGGUUUUGAGGAAGAGACAUAUGAAGACAUUAUUGUCCCCCAGCCUAUCUCAGAUGAUGAGUAUGAAGCUAUUCCAGAUCCUCCACCAAGGGUGGAGGAAGAAGAAGAAGAUGGGGAUGAUUAUGAAUGUAUCCUGGAUCAACCAGUUAGAAAACAGGAAGGACUUUAUGAAGAAUUACCAAAAGAUGGCACCUCCACGCCCUCUGCUAUUGCUCUGUAUGAUUAUGCAGCAGGUGGUGAUGAUGAGAUCUCAUUCGAACCUCAAGAUAUCAUCACAGACAUUGAGAUGGUAGAUGAGGGUUGGUGGACUGGAUCCUGCAAUGGGCGGCGGGGGCUCUUUCCUGCAACUUAUGUGGAGCUUAUGCAGUGA